GCCCCCCGCCGCCCGCCCGCCUCGGGAAGCAGGCAGAGUGGUCCCUGGAGCCCCAGCAGGUUCUGGAGGGUGAGGAGCAGCUGUCAUGAUCUCUACAGCACCUCUGUACAGCGGGGUGCACAACUGGACCAGCACAGAGCGGAUUCGCAUGUGUGGCCUCAACGAGGAGAGGAGAGCCCCCAUUUCUGAUGAGGAGUCAAAAACGAGCAGCUCCCAGCACUUGGGGUCUCAAGAGUUUUGUGUCAGCAGCAGCCUUUCCGAGGUGGAGCUCACAGCAGUCAGCGGUGGUGGCAGCAGUGCCCAGGGACUGGAUGCUGAUGGCAAGGUGGAGGAAAAGCUUGGACCCAAACUGGAGGAGCAGCCACCCGAUCCCAACCCAAACCUGGAGUGUGUGGGAAAGACUGUGACAGAUGACACCCUGGGCCCUCUGGCAGGACAGGGGGAUGGCAGAGGGCAGGAGCCAGCGACCCCCAGAGCCGUGGAGCAGGAGAGCAGUGGUGCUGAUGCUGCCUGGACACCAGCAGAUCCUCCCAGCGACAAGCAGGCUGAUGCUGCCCCAGCCUGCCCCGUGGCUCCUGAGACUGAGCCUGCUGGGAAUGAGAAAGCCCCCCCGAGCACUGCAGCACAAGGGCCAGGCGUGCUGGCAGAGGGGACAUUGUCUGUGGUCGUCUCCAGCUGCAACACCUCUGCCUCCACUCCCGCCACCUUCACAUUGAACAGGGUUUGCUUUCCCCCCUCUCAGGCCCCUGCUAUGCAAAAGCUGCCCCUGUCCUUCCAGGCUGGGGCUGUGCUGAGCCCGAGCCAGUCUCUGGUGUACAUCCCCCCGCCCAGCUGCGGGCAGCCGCUCAGCGUGGCCACGCUCCCGGCCGCCCUGGGGGUCUCCUCCACACUCACCCUCCCCGUCCUGCCUUCCUACCUGCACGAGCGUUGCCUACCAGGCAUUAUCGCUUCCCCAGAGCUGCGUUCCUACCCCUACACCUUCUCUGUCACCAGGCCCUUGGCGUCAGAUGCCAAAGUGGUGUCUGUGGAGGUGAAUCAGCUCAGCUGCCCCCCGCCCUCGGGUGGAAGCAGUGCCCAGCCCGCAGCUGAGAGCGCUCCCCUGUCCAGCAGUGGCCUGGCCCUGCCCUCCAGCCAGGCUCUGCCGGCAGCACCAGCAGCAAGUGGGAGCACCGCUCCCUCCUCUGGCACCGCCGUGCAGGCCAGAGCCCCGGCAGCUCCUGAGCCACAUGCACCGGGGGCUGCCACUUCCCUGUCUCCUCUGAAGUCCCCUCCCCAGCUAGAGCGUGAGAUGGUCUCGUCCCCAGAGUGCAGUGAGAUGCCUCUCGAUCUCUCCUCCAAGUCCAACCGCCAGAAGCUGCCUCCGCCCAGCCAGCGCAAGACUCCCCCCAUGCCCAUCCUCACCCCCGUGCACACCAGCGGCAAAGCGCUGCUCACCACCGUCCUCUCCAAGUCCCAGCGUGCGGCACAGGCCACGGGCAGCAGUGUCACCUCCUGCCUCGGCACCGCCCCGCCCUUGGUCAUCUUUCCCGAGUUCCUGCGCAACGGCGAGCAGGGCUCCUGGGUGAAGAACACCACGCUCAUCAGCACCAUUCCCGGCACUUACGUCGGCGUCGCCAACCCGGUGCCGGCCUCGCUGCUGCUCAGCAAGGAUGCCGGCGUGAGCCUCAGCAGAGACCCGCGCCACCUGCCCAAGCAGGAGCCCAUCUCCAUCAUUGACCAGGGCGAGCCCCGCGGCGCCGGCGUUCCCUGUGGGAAGAAAGCCAACCAGGUUGGCACAGAAGGGCACCAGGAUCCUGCCAGGAGACCUCUUCACGGCAGAGUUGCUCCAGGAGCUCCCUUGUGUCAGUCCAAGGACAUCGCCACCUGGAAUCCUGUCCAGGGAAGUGUGUACCCGCGAUGCCCCGUCAAUGGAAAACCUUCCAAUCCUCAACUUCUGCCUCUGGGCUGGUCUCCGUACCAUCAAACCCCGCUGCUUUCCAUCGGUAUCUCCACGGCAGGACAGCUGCCCCUGAACCAGAGCGGCCCCUGCAAGCCAGCCGUGGCGGGCGAGCUGCCGGCGUUCGCGAGCGUGCAGCCCGCCGAGCCCAGCGCGGCCGCACAGAGCCUGCCCGAGGGGCUGCCCCGGCUCCCGCCUCAGGAACAGGAUGCUGCGGCCAAGAGCAAGAGCUGCCAGGCCUUGCCCAAGCCCUGUGAGGAGCCGGCUAACCCAGCACCGCUGGAGGCCGGUCCGGUUCUCCAGACCGGCGCCUUGGAUGGGAAAGGGGGGAAGGGGAAGCUGGACAACACUCCGAAGAGUCAGGAGUGCACUCGGCCAGAGGCUGACUCCGGUCAGGAGAGCAACGCACAGACUGAGGCUCCCCAGGGGAGCUGUAGCCUCAAACAGUCGGAUGCAAAACCCAAAAACCAAGUGUUAGCGGCGUAUCUGUCACACGACGUGCCAACGGCUGGGCAGCAGGGCCUGCGAAUGGUGCCGGACGCACCCAUGGAUGGGCAGCGCAAGGAGCCGGGCUGCGAGGGCUCCCAGGAGCCGCCGGCCACGGAGCACACACCGUGUGUGCAGCAGGUGGAUCUGUGCAGGGUCAAGAAGGAGCGAGUGGAGUGCGACGUGUCCUUUCCCUGCCUGCGGGCUGGGACGGCUCCCCAGGCCUUCCCCGAGGCCAAGCUCAAAGGAACGGGGCAAAUCAAGCAGGAGGGUGGCACACGCUGCAAGGGCAAGCGGCAGCAUGACGGGGACACCAGGCAGAGCCACAAGAGACUGAAGUGUCAAGGGCAGGACAGCGAGGAGUCCCCAAGCAAGUCAGGAAGCAGGGGCGUGCACGGCCGGAAGUGGCAAAAACACCACGACAAUCCACAUGAGCCUGGCAAGCAGGAAGGCCGGGAAGGCCGAGGCAGCCUGGGUGCCAGCACAGAUCACAACAGCCUCAGGGUAAAGCGCAAGCGUAGGAGGCCGGCGAAGACGGAGUGCCCAUCUCCGGCUCACCGUGGAGGUGGCCACGAGGAAGGUUACUUGGAGAAGAAGCCCAAGAACAAUUUCCGGGAUUUCAUUCCGGUGGUGCUGAGCAGCCGGACGCGCAGUCAGUCGGGAAGCAUUGCUGGCUCUUCUGCUGGUGUGACGGGAGAGUGCGAUGUGAGCGGUCAGGAGAUUUUACCAUUGCUGGAGGAGGAUCAGGAGGAAGAGGAGGAGGAGGAGGAGGAGGAGGAGGAGGAGGAGGAGACAUCCUUGAAACAUUGCAAGCUGCGCAAAUCCCACAGGACAUCCCGCUGCCACAGCCGCAGGGACAGGGACAGGUCUGUGUCUGAGAGGAGCAGCUGUCACACGAGGAGGACCCGGGAGCUGACCUGGAGAGCAGAAUCACCCAGGCAGCUGUGGGAGCCCAAUGAGGAGGAGGAGGAGGAGGAGGAUGGCCACAUCAAAAGGAAGAAAAGGAGACGGCAGAAAAGUCGGAAAUACCAGACAGGAGAAUACCUGACUGAGCGGGAGGAGGAGCAAGUGGGAUAUCCCCACCGGAGGCGGAAAUCCAAAGCAGAUUGCAGGCACCGGAAGCAGAAGGAGCAAGGGAAGGGCAAAGGCACAGAGCUACAGCUGAGGAGCAGGCUAUCCCCAUCCCCCCGGAAACCUCAAGGACGCACGGACUUUCGGAAUGGCUUCUUCCUGGAGCACUCCGACAGCUCUCCUGUCCAGGAAGAGCUGGAGAAACCAUCAGGAAAACGCAAAUGUAAAACCAAACACCUGGCAGGGAUCUGUGACGAGGGGAAGGGGAAAGGCUGCUGCAACCAGCCCAAAAUGUGCUCUCUGAAGAAGCCCCAGGACUUGUGGACACUUUGUAAGUCCCACCGGGCCAGCCCAGGGAGCUCCCCUGAGCUGCCCCCGGCCCAGAACGUUCCUCCCGGGGCUCGGCGGCUGAUUGUGAACAAGAACGCGGGGGAGACGCUCCUGCAGCGAGCAGCUCGCCUGGGCUACAAGGACGUGGUGCUGUACUGCCUGCAGAAGAAGAGCAGCGACGUGAACCACCACGACAACGCGGGCUACACGGCCCUGCACGAGGCCUGCGCGCGCGGCUGGAUCGACAUCCUGCACAUCCUGCUCCAGCACGGCGCCAACGUCAACUGCAGCGCCCAGGAUGGCACCAGGCCUAUCCAUGAUGCAGUAGCGAAUGACAACCUGGAAACCAUGUGGCUUCUCCUUUCCUAUGGUGCUGAUCCCACUCUGGCCACAUACUCUGGGCAGACAGCAGUGAAGCUGGCCACCAGCGAUGUGAUGAAGCGCUUCCUCUGUGAUUACCUGUCAGACCUGCAGGGCCGCAGUGAUGGAGACCCUGGGACAGCCUGGGAUUUCUACAGCAGCUCCGUGCUCGAGGGGAAGGACAGCAUCGGCUGCGACCUGCUGCUCAACCCUCCAGGGAGCUCAGACCAGGAGGAAGAGGAGCAAGAAGCAGAUAACUUCAUGUUUGAGUUCUCAGACAAGCCACUGCUUCCCAGCUACAACCUCCAAGUGUCCGUCUCCCGGGGGCCCUGCAACUGGUUCCUGUUCUCUGAUGUGCUCAAGCGGCUGAAGCUGUCCUCCCGCAUAUUCCAGGCCCGCUUCCCGCACUUGGAGGUGGCCACGCUGCCCCGGGCAGAGUUCCAGCGCCAGGUGUCCCUGAGCCAGGUGCUGGCACAGGAGGAGGUGCCGGCAAGCCCCGAGCUGGCGCCGGGCACGGCAGAGACUGUGGAGCUGGUGCACUACGAGCCCGAGCUGCUGCAGCUGCUGGGCUCGGUGGUGGAGUACCAGGCCUGGAGCAGCUGACGGGGACAGGCCACUCCCGGCAUCACGAGGCAAUAAUAAGGACCAAGGGGAAGCAGCUCUCUCAGCGCCAGCAGCAGGGACCCGAGUCUUUGAGCAGCCGCUCCUACUCUCCUCAGGGUCUCCGCCAGCUGGGGAGGGAGGACCCUCGCCUCCAAGGACUUCCCGAGGUCCCCCGGCCACGAGCAGUGGCGGUCGCUGCCGCCUCAUGCAGCUCCGGUGGGUGAUGGAGCCCCUGCUCAGAGGGGCUCAAUGGGGCAGCGAGGGGUGGGAGCCGCCGCCCCUCCCCACCGGACCCUACGGAACUGCGCCUUUCCGUUCGCCCUCCCCUUCCCAAUGUCUUCCAUAGUAUUUAUUUAAUUAGUAUUUAAUUUGUAAUGUUUUCUUUGUUUUUGCUGAGUCUGUAUCACUGUGAUGGUGAGCUCCGGGCUGUGGGAUGAGGCCGUCCCCGCCCCUCUCCAGCGUGCCCCGAGGCCGGCCAGGCCCGGGGGUUCCCGUCCCUCCCCGGCCACAAGCCAGGGGACAGCCCCUUCCCUUGGCUUUGGAGCUGGCUCCCGCUGCCAGCGCUCAGCCGCAGCCGGGAACCAGCCCCACUGCUCCAUCCUCUCCCGUGCUCCUUCCUCCAUCUCAUUCGUGCUGCUGCUCGCUGUCCCCGGCGGUGCCGCCGGGCAGGCGCAGCCCGCGGCCCCCAGCGCGUCCCCCGCUUCGGCAGCUUGUGCCCCGCUCCCGGAGCCGAUCCCGGAGCCGCUCCCGGAGCC